UAUUAUAAUUUUAUAUUACAUACAUUUUAUCUAGAUCCAUACAUUCAAAUGUGAAGGAAUUAUGUAAUAAUUUGUAGUACGCAUUUAGUAUGUAAGAAUAGAUUGAACCUCCGAGCUUAAAUAGAAAAAAAUCCUUGGAGGGAAAAAACCGUUUCAAUUCCUCUCUCUCUCUCUCUGAAUUGCAUUUCUUGAAGUGAGUGUUUGCUGAUUGGCAGUGGUAUGAUGUUUUAAUGUCAAAUUCAUCAUUGAUCUUUUGAAUUUGUUAUUUCCUCUCUCUUCUUCCUCAGCUCAGUUCUGGGAUUCGAUGUUAGAUUUCUCUCUUCUCCGUUGAAGAGCGUAAAUGGAGGCAUUAAACCGACAAUCUCAGUUUUCUUCUAAUUCGUUAUUUUGGAUUGAUGAAAUGGAUAAGUAUGAGGAAAUUGAGAAGAUUGGACAAGGAGGCUUUGGUCAGGUUUUCAAGUGUCGCGACCGUGAGACAGGAAAGACUGUAGCUGUUAAAAAGGUCAUAUUAGAAGAUCAAUAUGAAGGUGUCCCAUCCUCGGUGGUAAGAGAAGUGUCCCUUCUGAAGGAGAUGGAUCAUGAAAACAUUGUCAGGCUGCUGGAUGUGCUGAACAGAGGAAAUGCAACCUACCUUGUUUUUGAACAUCUGAAUCUCGAUCUUCAGACAUUCAUCAUCAGUCCAGAGAUCCCUAAGAACUCACAUUUAAUCAAAAAAUUCUUGCACCAAAUUCUUUCUGGUGUUGCAUAUUGCCAUUCCCAAAAAAUCCUUCACCGAGAUUUGAAACCUCAGAAUAUACUCAUAGAUGUUCAUAACAGCUUAGUGAAGAUUGCAGACUUUGGAUUGGCUAGGGCAUUUGGUGUCCCUCUUGAGGCAUAUACUUGCAAGGUAGCAACCUUCUGGUAUAAGGCACCAGAACUCUUGAUGGGCUCCCUCCAAUACUCAACUUCCAUUGACAUGUGGUCUGUUGGCUGUAUCUUUGGUGAAAUGAUAGUUGGGAAGCCUCUUUUCCCUGGCAAUGUGGAGGUUCAUCAAUUGUACUUAAUUUUUAGCCUUUUGGGUACACCAACUGAAGAAAGCUGGCCAGGGGUUACUUCACUGUGUAGAUACCUUGUUUUUGUACGGAAGGAUGAUCCCAAGGACUUGGCAAAAACAUUCUUUGGCCUUGAGCCAGCUGGAGUUGAUCUACUUUCUAAAAUGCUUUGCCUAGAUCCAAAUAGAAGAAUUUCAGCUCGUGAGGCCCUCGAGCAUGAAUAUUUCUUCAACCUUUAAAAUGUUCCUCGAUUCCCUGUACAUUACUUCACCUUGUUUCUUCUGCUAUCUUUAGAGGGAAUGGCAUAUGUUGGAUUUGAUUUGACUAAGAAUGUCUUGCUUUCAUGUUUCCUAUUCCUUGCAGAUAGGCUUACAGUUUUGUAUUAACAUACAACUAUAGCCUGUAAAUGAUUCUCUCACUCGCUUUCUAUCAUAUUUGAGAUAGAAUUGUGCUGAUAAGUAAUAACCAGAAGCAUUGAUUGUUGCA